CAGACCUCAGACCUUAUUUCAGAAGUUACCAAAGACUCCACGCUCUGAGACAGGAGGACAAGAACAGCAGAGAAGUGAAAUCAUCUCAGGGCCAUACUGAAUCCUCCAGGAGCUCCACAGGACAGAAUAGAGAUCAAUAGGGAGAAUUAGAACAACACAAAAAAAGAACGAUCAAGCUCUUAGUGUUCCGUGGUGUGUGUUUGUGUCCCGCUGCUGCUAUGAGCAGGGUGUUGAUUCUGUCUGUGCUCCUGCUGUCCCUGAGCUGGUGCAGAUGUGCCGUCAUCACAGGGGCAUGUGACAGGGAUGUGCAGUGUGGUGUGGGUCUGUGCUGUGCUGUGAGUCUGUGGCUCAGGGGCCUGCGUAUGUGCACACCACAGGGGCUGGAAGGAGACGAAUGCCACCCGUACAGCCACAAGGUUCCCUUCCCUGGCAAGAGACAACAUCACACUUGCCCCUGCCUGCCACAUCUGGUCUGCACCAGGUACAGCGACAACAGAUAUCGCUGUACCAGCGACUUCAAAAACAUAGACUUUUAACACUGGAAACAUGUGAGAAAGAGACAAAUGAAGGUGGGGAAUACUUGAAAAGGAACAGCACAAGAAGAUUAAUAACAAGUGCCAUAGCACCAUUCUGGUCAUGUUCAUUUUUCACUCUCAUGCACUUUGCACUACAAAAAUGCUGUUAUCCAGCUGUCCCAGAAACGCUGACAUACAUUAUCCACCGUGGCACAAGGUCUACCUCAGAAUCACUGGUUUACCUUGGCAUCCACUACACUUGAUAGUAAAAAACAAAGUUAGUUUCAUCACCUUUACGUGAGAACACAUGCAAACAGACAUCUUGUAAGGAAUGUGCUUAG